UAAACAUAACCUAUUAGGAGGCAAAAAUUGUGAUAAUUUAUUAUUAAAAUAUUAUGGAGUAGACAUCUUAUAUUUAUAUAUGAAUAUAUUAAAUAAUGUCGCCCAUCCAUUUAUUUCAGUUCUUCCUUUUCAGUCUGUGUGUACAUAUUUUUACGGUAUAUAUUUAUAUUGUUUAUUACACCGAUUUCUUUUAUUCUACACAGGAUAUAGAAUCAGAAUAUGAUUUUAUUAUAGUUGGAUCAGGCACAGCAGGAUCUCUAAUAGCCCACAGAUUAUCAACUCAGACUAACCACACAUUUAUCGUAAUAGAGGCAGGGGGUAAUAGUAAUCCCUUGUUUGAAAUACCUAUCUUCGGGCCAUUGUUACAUGGCUCUGUGUAUGAUUGGCAGUAUGAUACAGUAAGACAAGAUAAAGCUUGUCUUGCCAUGGUUGGAAAUAAAUGCAGGCACAUACAAGGGAGAAUGCUUGGUGGUUCAUCUAAAAUAAACAACAUGAUUCAUGUGACAGGCAAUAUAUCAUAUUAUGUUGACUGGUUUCAUGGAAAAUACAGUGAACAAUAUAUCAAAGAACAGUUCAAUUUUAUUGAAAAUAACAUCCUACAACUGAGCAAACUACAAUUCUCUAGUGAGCUGUCAGCAAAUAUUUUAAAAGCAGCUGAACAGUUAGGUUAUGGACGAAUAAAAAGUGAUUUUAAAGUAGGUUUUAGUGAACCAAUCCUAUCACAAGUUAAUGGUAAGCGAUGGGCUAUAUCAGACAUUUUAGUUAAUAAGUAUGUGAGAGUAAAUACUUUAGUGGAAAAGUUAUUAAUUGGUAACAAUAAGUGUGUAGGUGUGCAACUAGCUAAUAAAAGAGUGUAUGCCAAAAAAGGUGUUAUAUUAUCAGCCGGUACAUAUAAUAGUCCUAAACUUUUACAACUUUCUGGUAUAGGGCCUAGAUCUCUCCUCAAGUCUUUAGGCAUUCCAUUAGUUAAAGAAUUGCCAGUAGGAAAAAAUUUACAAGAUCACGUAGGUACAGGCUUAGACUUGGUGCUUUUUAAUGAAUUAUUGUCACUUAAUUCUUUUAGUAUAUAUAAUCCGUGGCAUAUUUUUCAAUAUUUUAUUUUCGGUAAAGGUCCGUACACGACACCAGGAUGUGAAGCUAUUGGCUUUAUAUCCACUAAAAAUAGUUCUCAGCCUGAUGUCGAGUUUAUGGUGUUGCCAGUGGGAAUAAGCUCAGAUAAGGGUAGCCAUUUGCGAAAAAGUUUCGUCCUAAAAGAGGAUGUAUGGAAUAAUUAUUUCGCUAAAGUGUUUGAUAAACAUGCUAUAACAAUAUUAGCGACGCUGUUACAUCCAAAGAGCAGAGGUGAAGUUAGCAUUCAAAGUAAAGACCCACAUGUACCUCCACUGAUAGAUCCUAAGUAUUUUGCUAAUGCAGAAGAUGUAAAAACUUUGAUUGAUGCUGUGAAAUUUAUAAAAAAAAUAGUAUCCACAGAGGCUAUGGUAAUAAGUGGCGCGUUCCUUAAUGAUAUUCCAUUUCCGGGCUGCCAACAACAUGACUUUUUUUCAAAUUCAUAUUUGGAAUGUUAUGUUCGGCAUUUAACUCUAUCGAGUUUCCAUCCAGUUGGUACAUGUUCGAUGGGUUUGACAGAUGCAAAAAAUGCUGUGGUGGAUACUUCGUUUAAAGUCAUAGGUAUAGACAAUUUAUAUGUAGUCGAUGGUUCGGUGUUGCCAACAAUGCCGAGCGGGAAUAUUAACGCGGCAAUUGCUAUGAUGGCGAAUAUAUUUUUCGAUUCUAAUAUCAAACGGGGUACAGAUUUAAGGAAUAAAUGUCUAGUCAGUUGUCAAAGUAAUUUUAUGGACGAAUUUGUUUUCAAAGUGUGUCCAUCACACAUUAAGUCGCUAUAAAGAAAGUAUGUUAUAGAACAAAAAGGCAUAGGAGUAAUAAAUAGUAUUUUUAGCAGGCGUAGACUAAGGGAAAACUAGUCGACUGGCCAUAUAACUUUGUGAAAUAUAUAAAUAAAUAAAAACAUAUAUAUAUAGACAUAAAAUCAAUUAUAUUUCUUAUACAUCCCACUGACUACCGUAAUAGUUGGAGACUGUGUUUCGAUUGCCGGUGGCUUCUCCCUUAAAACAAUGUAACAUUACAUUUUAUGUCUUAUUUAAAGAAAAAAGAAUAAAACUUUUUAUUUAUUUUGUUGUACUAAGGCAAAUUUUGACUGCUAUCCCAAAAACAAUGAUGUUAUCUAUGGUAGAAACACGGCUUCCUAGAAAAUACCUAUGCACUCUGGAUUUAAAGAGUUAGACUGCCUUUCCAAACAAUACAUCAUUAAAUGUAUUUUCGUGCAUUGCUAUAUAAUUCUAUAAAUAUAUUAUUUAUCUAUGUUAUUGUAGCUAUAAGAAAUCGAUGUGUUUUAUUAUUAAUAAGAUAAAUUAUUUAUAAACAAUGUUAAAUAACGACUGUAUUAGAAAAGAGAUUAUGAAUUUAUAACUCAGUGACCUAGUAAAUAAGCCAGUAUUAUAAUAUUCGCAUUAUUAGAUCAUUAUUUAAUUAUAAAAAGAAGAAAUAAAUAUCGUCAUACGACUCAUUUUCUACCAAUAAGUUUGUAUAAUUCUAAAUUAAUUAUUUAUUAAUAAAAAUAACGAAUAAAUUUCCUUGUACCUACCAGUUGUCCACAGAUGCAUUCAAGGGUUUGAGAAAUAAAAAACAUUCAAUAAGAU